UACGGAUUAUUAUUUACCUUAAAAUUACAUUUUUUUUAUAAUUAUUUUACUUAAAUAUAAGUUAUAAUUUAUUUAUUAUUACGGACAGUUUAGUUCUUUGUGAAAUGUCAAUUGAAUCGUUUUCAUAAUAACACUUGUGGUCUAAAACCAAUUUGUUUAUAGUUAAAAAUUGAUUCUCCUUUAUAUUGGUAUUAUAGAGACUAUGGCGGCAUUAUAUUUUAAAAAACCUAAAAGAAAUCUACGAGUCAGAGAUUCUGACGAAUUGUUCGACGACGAAAAUGAAGAAAAAAUUAACAAUGAAUAUGGCGCUAAACCACCGCCUAAAUCAAAUAAAAGCAAAGAAAGCAAAAAAGUCAGUACACUAAGUUUUGAAGAUGAGUUAAAUGAAUGUGAUGAUGGUGAAGAGUUCAAAGUCAGAAAAUCAUCUUACAGUAAAAAAAUUAAGAAGCAAAUGAACAAAGAGAAAAUGGGACGAAAUAAGGUUGAAACUGAAAAAAAAUCUAAAAUUACUACUAAUAACACAUUCCAAUCUGUAAUAAUUAAAGAGUCUAAAAAAAAUUCAGAACCCGUUGAAAAAGAAAUUAUGCUUACUGGACGUGAUGCUGAAAUGGCUGGAUAUGAAUCAUCUGACGAAGAGCGUGACACAUUUCAUCCUUCUGUUCAUCGUUUUUCUAAUCCAGAAGAUGUAAAAAUAGUGUUAAAAAAGGGACAAAUUCCAAACGCAGCAUUAAUUCAUGCUGCUAGAAAAAGAAGACAACAAGCUCGUGAUAUGGGAGAAGACUUUAUACCUGUAUCGCAGUCUCAAGGCGACACCAAUAAUACUGAAAAAGAACCGACUGUUGGUAGACGUUUGACUCGUGAAGAAGAUGAAUUGGAGGAUAGUGAUGAUGAUGGUAGAAUUGUUAUGUCUGGGAUUGUUAGUCAAGCCGAAGACCGGAAAAAAAGCUUGCAUAUUACAAUGACUGGACUUGUUCUAGACAACGCUAACAGCGAUGAAAUUCAAGAUAACGAUGAAAUGGACGAAGAUGAUAAUGACUGGGAAACCCAACAAAUUCGGAAAGGAGUUACAGGAUCACAGUUGGCAGCAGCGCAACAAGAGUCUACGUGUAUGAAUAUGUAUAGUAAUGUUGUCCCUCAUCCUGCAAUUCCGCAAGUAACAACUAUAAUGAUGGAGCAAAAAGACAAAAUAAUCAACACUUAUGCUCCACAUGGUUUAGCGUCUACAAUGAAACCAAAUGAAAUUGUAAAAAAAACCAACGAAAUAUUAGCCGAGCUUAAAGAAAAGCAGCGUCCUGAUAUUAAAUAUUUUGAAGAUAUGAGAGAUGAAAUACCAGAGAUCCAAGAUAGAGUUGAAAAACUUAAAAGAAAUGUUCCAGAGUUGGCUGAAUGUUUUCAGUUUUACCAAGAUUUACGUGGGUACGUCACUGAUCUGGUAGAAUGUCUCGAUGAAAAGAUUCCUGUUCUUGUCAUGUUGGAACAACGUCUUUCUAGUGCGUAUGAAAAAAGACGUAGUGACCUAUUAUCCAGACGAAGAUUAGAUGUAAGGGAUCAAGCUGACGAAGCAAUGCCAACAUCAAAUAAGUUAGGAUCAUCUUCAGCAGUUCCUCCGAGGUCAGAAGAACAACAAAGAAGAGCAGCUGAGCGUGAAGGUCGUCGUAUAAGACGUAUGAGGAACAGAGAAUUAAAAGCCAUCAGUAAACAUGCAGAUGGCAUGUCAACUGACGAAGAAGUUCCAGAAACAGAUGCAGCUGCUCUUAGAUCUCAAAUAGAGGUUAUAAAAAAUGAUGCAAAUGUCUUAAUGGAUGAUGUUCUUGACGAGUUCGCUUCAGUUGAAUUAAUUUUGAGACAAAUGUUUGAAUGGAAAAAAAAGUAUCAAGAGACCUACACAGAAGCUUAUGUCAAUGUUUGUUUGCCUAAAUUAGUUGGGCCUUAUGUUCGUCUUGAAAUGCUAUUUUGGAAUCCUCUAGAGGAUAAUCAAAAGUUUGAGGACAUGCUGUGGUUUAAAAGUAUGCAAAAGUAUACCGUGAAUGGAAUGUCCAAUAUAGAACAACUAUCGAAAAAUGUUGAUUUAGAAUUAAUACCAAAAAUAAUAGAAAAAGUUGUAUUGACUAAGCUUGACCAAAUUGUGUUGACACAAUGGGAUCCUUUGUCAUCAAAACAGACAAAAGGAAUUACUUGUGUUAUUAAGAAUAUACUAGAUAAUUAUCCUACUAUUGAUCCUGAUAGUAAGCUAUUAAUGGCACUACUGACAAAUAUAGUAGAUAGACUACGAGAUGCUGUUGAUAAUGACGUUUUUAUUCCAAUUUAUCCAAAACAAGUAAUGAAUUCUGGAAGAAUGAAUGUAUUUUUUCAAAGGCAAUUUAAUGUAGCUGUAAAAUUAUUAGGUAAUAUCCUUUGUUGGCAUCACAUAAUUGAAGAUGCAGUGCUUAUAGAUCUAGCAAUUAAUCAAAUAUUAAAUAGAUAUUUGCUUAUGUCUAUAAGAACACUUCAGCCCUUAGAAGCAAUACUUAAAGUUACCAUGGUUGCCAAACUCUUACCUAUAUCAUGGCUAUCGUAUGGAAAUGCUACGCCUAAAGAAUUAACAUCAUUUUUAAAUCAAUCAAAGUUGGUGGCUAUCGAAAUAGAUAAAUCUCAACCACAAGCAAAGCUUGCACUGGACAAACUGAAUGAGGUGUUGAAAUUGUGAUAUAUUUUUGUCUUGUAUCAUCACGCAUAAUGUCAUAUUGCCCAGCCGUUGUACUACACCAGUUGUAUUUAAUUAUAAAAUUCAUUAAAUUAAUUUGAUGUUUUCAUUUUAGUAAUGUUCUACUAAUAUGAAAUAAAAAAAAUUUAAAACAUACAAAGAAUUUACUUUUAUGAAAAAACAGUAUAAAUAUUGAAUUAAAUCAAUGCUUAUAUG